UCGUGUAAUCAGAAUCAGGCCGUAACGACAAGAAAGAAGUGUCGGUAACACGUCGUGAGCUUAUUUUAGGUUUUUUUAAACAUAAGUGUCUUUAACUACUUCGGAAGCACAUAAAACAUGUGUCUCGUAUAUACAUUAUUGAACUAGCAUAUUAAUUAGGGUUUUAUAAAAGUACAUAAUUGGAAAUCUGUUUAGUAUUACGGCAACAAUCAACGUGAAUUCGGGCGUCGACCGGUCAUCCCUUCUACCCGUAAGUGUAACCGCCUCGGAACUGUCAGUCGCAAUCGUCAUUUUGUGGAUAACGGCGCCGUGCGAGACUACGGCAAUAAAACUACGCGGUGUUGGAAACUAAAACGUUGUGUUGUGAGGUGUGUCAGUCGCGGUGAGCGUUUAUAUGUGGUAUAAAGUGCCGGUGUGUGGCUAUAGUAGAUUGGGUCGCGCGUGAUUAGGCGGCGCGAUGGGGGACAUGGAUAGGAACGACCCCGAACUCCGGUACUUGUCGGUCGAUCGGAACAGCUUCAACGACCCGGCGACACAGGCGGAAUGGACCCAGAAGAGAUUAGUGUGGGUCCCCCACGAGACUCAAGGAUUCGUAGCGGCCGGGAUCAAGGGUGAGAGAGGAGAUGAGGUGGAAGUGGAGAUCGCGGAGUCAGGGAAGCGGAUCCUGGUCCCGAUAGAUGAUAUCCAGAAGAUGAACCCGCCAAAAUUCGACAAAGUGGAGGAUAUGGCUGAGUUGACCUACCUGAAUGAAGCAUCUGUUCUGCAUAACAUCAAGGACAGAUAUUACUCUGGCCUCAUUUAUGUAAGUAUCAAUUUCUUUGUUUUAAGAAAAGAAAAUUUUACACACCUAGAUUUUGCCACUGGGUUCUGAUCAC